UUCACCUGUUUUACACCAUGUCAAAGGCGUGGUGAAACCCAUGUGAAAUUGUUUCGGCCUUAAUUGUGCUUACUGAUGAACCUGUAUGCACAAUUAAAAACAGGUGAAACUGUGCACUACAGAUUAGUGAGUAAACACAAUUAAGCCUGUGUGUACCUUGCUUACAGUUAAUCCGCCCCUGAACUUUUAGUAGUCGGCUACUUGCUGCAAGUGUCUAGGGCAGCACUAUCCAAUAAAAAUAUAAUGCUAAUAUUUUGUUCUAAAUUUUCUAGUAGGCAAUGUUAAAAACAAAAAUCAAAAAAGGCCAGGUAAAAUUAAUUUUUAAUCAUGUUUUACUUAACCCUGCCAAAAAAACCCCAAACCCGUUGUCGUGGAGCCAAUUCUGACUCAUAGCAACCCUAUAGGACAGAGUAGAACUGCCCAUAGAGUUUCCAGGGAGCGCCUGGUGGAUGUGAACUGCUGACAUUUUGGUUAGCAGCCUGAGCUCUUAGCCGCUACACCAGCAGGGUUUCCUUACUUAACCCAGUACAUGCAAAAUAUCACUAGAAAAUCUAAUCAAUAUGAAAGAGAAUUAAUGAGCUGUAUUUUAUCUUCUUUGAAAUCCAGCAUGUAUUUCACACUCGGUAUAUUUCAAUUUUUAUCAUAAAAACUUGAUCUGUAUUUGGGUUUCCUGAAAUUUAUAGUUGAAAAAGUAGAUCCACAUACUUAAAUUGUUUUGAAACAUACUUGCUUGUUUGAACAUACUUAAACAUCUUCCAGUAACUGAAUUGAAAAUGUUUUUAACUUUAAGCUAAUUGCAGUUAAGUAAAAAAGAAAAGUUCCACUCCUUGGUGACACUAGUCACAUUUCAGGUCCUCAGUAGCUAUGCGAGGGGCUGGUGGCUGCCCUCUGGACAGAACAGGUGAGGUAGAAGGCUGUUUUGAUCCCUGUGUCUUUGGCACCCGGCACAGUAAGUAGUCAGUAGAUUUGUGUUGUUGGCAGGUGUCUUAGUUACCUAGUGUUGCUGUAACAGAAAUACCACAAGUGGGUGGCUUUAAAGAGCAGGAAUUUAUUGUCUCACAGUUCAAGAGGCCAGAAGUUUGGUUUCUAUAUAUUUGCUUAUUUCACAUAAGUGAGAUCAUGCAGUAUUUGUCCUUUUGUGACUGGCUUAUUUCACUCAGUAUGAUGUUUUCAAGGUUCAUCCAUGUUGUGGCAUGUGUCAGGACUUCAUUCCUCUGGAUAGCUGAGUAAUAUUUCACUGUAUGUGCUGGAACUUUUAAAAGUUUAUUUAAAAAAAGUUUUUUUAAGUGCUUGAGACCUGGAAGGGGAACAGAUGUAGUUCAAGCAGAGUUCUCUUAGAACACAACCUAACUUCUGGAGCUCAGGGGGAUCGUGGCUUGUAGGCUCAGCUGGGCAGCAAAGCAAACGUAGAGGUUGUUGGUCCAGUAAACAAGCAGAGUGCUGGACUUGUGCACAAUUGGAUAUUUAAUGGUUAUGCUUUAUAAAUGUGUUUAAUUGGGUACCCAGAGUUCAAGCUAUGAAAAAGUUGGAGGAAAGUUCGAAGGGAAAUCAAUCAAGUUAAAUAUCUUUGAAACGUGGUUUUAUCCACUGGUAUUCUACCUUGAUGCAAAGGAUUUUGUUAGAUGAUCCAGGCUCUUCAGGGGGAAAACACCCUGCCAAAUAUCCUACCGUGUUCUAUUGCUUGAAAAAUUCUAAACAAAAUUGUGUAAGGUGCUUCUUCCCCCAUCCCCCUUUUGGGAAUCAUUUUGUCUUUCAUGGGAUUAAGCAGGCUGGCAUGAGUAGUGAUUACCCACUGAGGCACAGGUGGUGAUUCUGAGGAUGGCAAUGGUGCUAUUGAAACAUCAGUGUAUGGAAAGGGCUGCAGACAGACCCCUGGCUAAGGUCUGGGAGGCCAUGGUUGGUGCCCAGGGGUGGUCCAGACUCGUGGCUAGCAGAAGUGCAGUUAGAAUCGAAAGUGGGUGGAUGUGGGGAGGUUGCAGGUAUUUGGGAGUCUCCUAGAGCCUUAGCAGAGGGCUGGGGCGGGUGGAGAGAGGGAGAGAUGCUGACCCUUUCCAGGAAAGAGGCUCUGGGGAUUCUCCCUGGAACGUUUCUUCAGCAGCCUGAGGUAGGGGGCCAAAGGGGGCAUUUGGCCUGAGUCUGUUCAUACUCCAGUUGUCCUCUACAGCUUAGAUGGCAGGAGAAAUGAAGACAGUGUCAUGAAAGCUAAGAGGGAACAGCUGACACUCAGAGGUACCAGCUACCACAAUUUACUCCCGUAGCCUCUUGGUCCCAUUUUGUUGGUUUGUCCAUUCAUUCAUUCACUAUCAUGAAUGAAUAAGUGGGUAAGUGAAUGGAUGUAGGUUGUGGACUAUGGAGCCAGAAUGCCUAGGUACAAACCUUAGCUCCACUACUAACUAGCUGUGUGCUCUUGGGCAACUCAUUUCAUCUGCCAAAAAAAAGCCAAAGGGAAUAAUAAUAGCACGUAAAUCACAGGAUUGUUGGGCGAUUAAAGGAGGUGAAUAAAUGUGUUAAACCAGACUAGAAUGAAUGAAUACAGACAAUUGACUCUUACCUAGCACAUGCUGCAGCCAUGCAUUGUUAUUUCGCCAUGCGCUGUUCCUGAACAGUGUGUGGCCCACACUAAGUACCGUGUAAGUGUUGUUUUUAUUCAUUUAUUCCAGUCUCUUCUGGGGAUCAGGUACUUUGUAGGAGCCAAGGAUACCCUGUUAAAUAAGACAACCAAAAUCGUUAACAAGUUUUAUAAAUGUUAUAAAGAAAACAAGGUGCUGAGACAGAGACUAACAGGGUGGGGGACCUACUCUUGACAGGGUAGUCAGAAAGGGCCCCACUAGGGAGGGACAUUUACGCUGAGACCUAAAGACCUGAGAGUGGGAAGAAGAGUGUUCUGGGCAGGCAGAAAGAGCUUGUGAGCGGGCUUUGAGCUAGAGAAGAAAGAUUGGGAUGGCUGGAAGGUGAUAGUGGGGUGAGAGGCCUUGCAGGGUGCAGUAAGGGUUUUAUUAUGCGUGCGUGAGUUGGUAGGGGAGCUUAGGAGCUGUUAAGCAGAGAAAUGAUGUGAUCUGAUUUACAUAUUUGUAAGAUGACUGGGAAGAGAAUGAAUCCUGACCACAGAGAAAAUAGUUAGGCUACUGCCGUCAUCCAGGCAAGAGAAGGAGUGGCUGUGCCUAGUAUGUCAGCCAUGGAAAUGGAGACACUCCGAUGGAUGGGUGGAUGGAUGGAUGAGAGAGGGAUCCAUGAAUAGAUGGAUUGAUAGAAGGAUACAGAGAUGGAAGGAGGGAUGGAGGGAGGGUUAGAUAAGAAGAUGGGAGGAUGGAUGAAUAGAUGGAGGAUGGAUGGAUAAAUGGAUGUAAACCUACAUUUGUUGAUGGAAUUGACAGAACUUGCUAAUGUAUUGGGCUUGAGGGUGGUGAUGAGGGAAAAGGGUGGAAGCAGAAAUGACUCCCUGGUAAUCAGCUUGAGCAAUCUGGGGGUCCAGGGUGUCAGUACUCAAGAUGGGGAGGAGCGCACUGGGAGAAGAGUGGGGAGAUCACACCUGGCACUGUAAGGGAGGAGGAAGCUGGCAUUUUCUCUUCUUGCCCACUUGGCCCCUGGGCCAUUAAACAUCCUCUUUCAUGAACAGGUCAGCUGUCCAUGGGAUAGGGCUACCUCAUGCCUGCUUCUGGCCUUGCCCUGAUUCCAUUUGAUUUGUCAUUUCAGAAAUUUCUGAUUCUCCAGCAGAACAGGUAACCUCCUGCAUGGCUACCUGCACAGGAUCAGCUGGACUCCGGCUACCCUUGGGCACCAGAUACACCUAUCGCUUUUCCACCAAUACCAGCACUGGCCUGCAGGGGGCCCCUGCAGAGUGGAGUGGCCUUGGACUCCAAGGGUUGGUGAUUCUGGAUGUACUUGGCCCGUGCCAGAUGGCCUUGCGGCUCCAAGAUUUCCAGGUGACUUCUAUCCUUGGGUCCCAGGUGGAGGUUCUGAAGGAGUCAGAGACUUUGAGCGCUGCCCUGGGCCGCUGGCCGCUCGACUUUGUCCUGUGUGCCGGCCGCGUGGCCCGCCUGCAUCCCCGCCGCGCUGAGCCGCGCUGGGCGCUGAACGUGAAGCGCGCCGUCCUGAGCCUCGUACAAGGCCGCCCGGGCGCUCACGGCCCCGAGACCGUGGAAGAGAUGGACGUCCUGGGCCAGUGCCCCACCACGUAUCAGCGCCGCGGCGCCAGGCUGCACAAGACCAAGGACUUGGAACGCUGCUCCCUGAGGAGGGCGCACUCCGCCCUGCGCGCCCAGGUCCUGCCCCGGGCUGCCGUGCACCCUGGCCUGGCCUCCCACCUGACCUGCCUCCAGAGUUUCCAGGCCGGCGUGCCCAGGGAGGCCUCCUGCACAGAGCUACACACAGCGGGGCCCCUCUCGAGGGAGGCCAGCACCGUGCAAAUGCGAACCCUUUCCUCCAUCACCCUGCUGCACGAGAUGCCCGGGGAUCCAGCCAUCACAGCGCUUCCUGUCUCAGAUCCAGAUGAUAGAGACCUGACCCCGAGCACCCUGCUGUAUGAGUGGGAGGAGACGCCGCCCCAGUCCUCAGUGGCCACAGUGGCCGCCUCAGUGAGGAAGCUGUGCCAGGCUCCGACCACGAGCUUUGAGGCCGCUGAACUGUUCGUGACUUUGGUAACUGAGCUCCGGGACCUUUCCACGGAGAAGCUGAUGGAACUCUGGCUGCAGUCUUCCUUUAAAUGUCGGGACAACUGGCAGCCGCUGGUGGACGCCCUGCCCUGCUGUGGCACCGAGCACUGUGUGUACCUCAUGCGGGAACUCAUCAACACUGGGGAGGUGGAGGCCGAUGAGGCAGAGGCCUGGCUCUGGUCACUGGCUUUCCUCCCGCAGCCCACGGACACCAUGGUCCUCACACUGCUGCCACUGCUGCAGACGCCAGAGGCCAGUCCCAGUGCCUUCCUCAGCAUCUCAGCCCUGGCAUAUAACCUCUGUGCCUCUCUGGAUGGGCCCUGUGACCGGUUGCCUGGUAUCAGCGCCCUUAUGAGGAUCCUCGGAGCCACUUUGGGCCGGAACUGUUCCUGCCAGGACCCCUCGGACAUUGGCCAGCUCCAGCUCAUGCUGAAGGCGAUUGGCAAUGCCGGCCUGGCAGCCACAGCUCUCACUCCCAUGCUGAGCGCCUGCGCAACUCUGAGGAGCAACGCCCCUGAGGUUCGGCUGGGGGCCAUCCAGGCCUUCCGGAGGAUUCCCUGCUCUGCAGAUCGAUCCGUGCUCUUCCGCCUAUACCAAACCCCCGAGGAGGAUGCUGAGGUCCGAAUCAAUGCCUACCUGGCCCUGAUGAGAUGUCCUGGCGAGGAGGUGUUUGCCCAUGUGCGGCGUACCCAGGCUGGCGAGCAGUCCACACAGGUGGGUUCCUUUGUGUGGAGUCACCUCCUGCAGCUUCUGAAGACGGAUGACCCCCUGAAACAGACUCUCCGAGAUACCCUCCCUGAGGACAUCCUCACCCGGGAGUUUCAUCUAGAGACCUGGAAACACUCGUCCUAUUCUGAUGUCACCUUUCACUCAGUGUCCGGCAGCCUGGGAGCCAACUUGGAGGGGAUUCUUCUCUUCUCUCCAGCCUCCUUUCUUCCCCGUUCUGCCAUGGCCAACUUAACUAUCCAUGCCCUAGGUCAUGCCUUCAACCUCCUGGAGCUGGGACUGAGGCUGGAAAAUGCUGAAGAAAUCACUCGUAAGCUGUUUGGUCAGAAAUCAUUUUGGGGACAUGACAAGGACAGCGAGGAACAGCCAGAGAACCCCCCAGAACCAGAAGUAGGGCCUGCCUCACAGUCAUCCAGCCCUGAAUGUUCAGGAGAAAGAUCCAGGAAGAUGAGAGACCUACAGCGGAAGGUGACCCAGAGGCACGGGGAGCGGUGGGCGCUGCGCUGUGAGUUGAGUGUGAAGAUGUUUGGCCACGAGCUGAGCUUCAUGAACUGUGGGGCAAUGGAAAGUCACUUGAAAUGGCAGUCCUUGAACCUGGCUGAGUUGGUUGUCAAGCUCCUGAAGGGUCAGGAGGUGCAGGUGAACCGGAGGCUGAGCCUGGCCAUGGAGGAGCUCACCUUCCCCACCAUGUCUGGCCUCCCAGCCCAGCUGACCCUCAACGCCUCUGCCGCCAUCAGUAUCCGUGUCCGAGGGGCUGCCGACUUCCAGCAGCGCUCGAAUUUCUUUGUGAACGGUUACAUCAAGCCCAGCGCCUUGCUCCAGAUCUCAGCGCAAAUGGGCACAGCAGGUGCCCUAGGGCAGGCAGGGGUGAGGUGGGUGACCGGUAUCCAAGGCACUGCCAGCCUGGAUGGCGGGAUCCAGGCAAGGAAGGGCCAGGACCUGAAGGUGCACCUGAACACACCCGAGGAGGCCAUAGAGCUGCUCAACUUCAGCUCUAAGCUGUAUCUUGUCACUGGGAAUGACCUGAGGAGCCUCAAUCAUGUCCACAGCCCUUCCGAGGCCCACUCCUGUACUGACAAGGAAGUAUCCCGCACCUGGGGCUGGCAGCUGUGUACCGAGGUGAACUGGCCGGCAGCCGGCCAGCCCUACCUGCUCUCAGUGCCCGUGUCUGUAGCUGUGAUGCUGAAGAAGCAGGACUGUGGCCUCCAGCAGUAUCUGCUGGAAGCCGCCUACAACCUCCAUCUCCAGAAGGACAGCUGGCUCCCUGAAGAAGCCACAGCCCACAUCUUCAUGGGCACACCCAAGUCAGAGGUUCUGAGGGAUGUCGGGGUGGACAUCAGCUAUAGCUUGCCCCAGAGGAAGUUCCGGUUCAGGCUUCUCCAUCCCAAGAAGAAAAUUGAGCUGGACGGAAAGAUAGAAGCUCUCCGGAGUACCCACAUGGGCCACCUGGAACUGAUCCUGGAUGACAGGGAUGUCUACUAUAUCAAGGGCAGGAGCGACCUGCAGCCAGCGGCGGAUGGUGGGGCCCAGUGGUUUGAGGCCCAGCUGGAGGUGAAGCUAGUGAGGGCAGGCAACCCCAUGGUCCUGGCUGGGAACCUCACCCUGCAGGCUGGCAGCAAGCUGGCCUUCUCUGUGGCCCUGAGCAACCUGCUGCGCGACCAGGCCUACAUGUCAGUGCUGCUGGAGAAGAAGGUGGAGGACGGGCUACAGGUAGUGGCCCUGGGUGGUGACCUUUUUCUGCCGGGGCUCCUGGGGCUGUACACCCUGGGCCUGCUGCAGCUUCGGGGCCACCACUGGACCAACAUCCUGAGGAUCAAGUACGGCCUCCAGGGUCAGGCGAGGCGGCCAGAGCAGGAGUGCAGCACCAGGCAGGAGCUGCGGGCAGAGCACGGUGCAGGCGGCAUCUACAGGCUGGCGCUGGGCCACAGGCUCCACUGCACACAGGUCCCUGCCUUCAACCACAAGGUCCAGGUUCAGCACAAGGAGGACUCGGGCCUCGUACACUCGCAGCUGGAGGCCAGCUUUGGGGAUCGUUGGGACGAGGCCAACAACAAGAGGCGCCUCCGUGUCAGCCAGACCUUUAGGAACGACUCAGGCCCGGCCCUGAGCAACUACUUCAUGGAGUUUGUGCUGCAGGUGCCUGAGAGGCAGAUGGAUUACCGGACACAGCUGUACCACUCAAGCCUCCGCCAGCCCCAUGUGGAGAGCAGCACACACCUGAAGGUGCAGUACAAUGGGCGGCUGCCCUUGGUGGCUGGCUUGCAGUGGAAGGACAGAUCCCGGGCCACCCUGUGGAAGUGGGAAGGAGCCUUGAACCUGGAGAGUCCAUGGCUGAUGAUCUCCGCAGCUCACAGGCUACAUUGGCCACAGCACGCCAUGUUCCAGGCUAUCCUGGAGCUGACACUGGGCAAGGCCUGGGCCCUCAAGAAUCUGGUGGUGAACGUGGCCUUGAGGAGCCAGGGCUGGAACAAGGAGGGCAAGAUCCACAUCUACACCCCGAAGACCACCUACCUCCGGGUUUCCACGGUGACGGCCUUGGAGCGGAGCCUUUUCCGCAGCUGGAAUGAACUCGAGUCAGUCUGGAAUGAGCCUGUGAAGAGUGAGAUCCAUGUGGAGAACAGCCGGGACUGGAAGAUCCUUCACUGCUGGCUGAGGGGCCCCCAGAGGGAGCUGAACCUAACUGCGGCCUACAGGCACACGGAAUGGCCCCGGCAGACCCACAUAUCACUGAUGGCUCUGAGGACCGGCGCUCAAGGCCAGUCUCAGGGCCUGCAGCUGGAAGGCAAGCUGGAGGAGCUGAAGCAUGACGGGAGAUCGUACCAGAAGCGAGGGACCUUCCUCCUUAGGCACCCCCUGGACCUGCCCAUCCCACAGAGCCUCUUUCUGCAGGAGACUUUCACAGCUGAGAAGCAACUCCAGCAUUUCUCCCUGGAGACCCGCGUGGUCCUGAAUGGCCGAGAUGAGACUCUGCAGACCAUCGUCCUGGGCUACCAGGCCGGGCACCCCUAUGUCUGUGCAGGCCUGACCCACCCGUACAGCAGCAAGGCUGUCCCCAGCAACUUGGAGGGAUGUCUGGUUACUUGGAAUCAGCACACUGCUACGAACCGGGAGGUCAAGGCCACCUUGAAAGUCAACCAGAAGGUUGUGCUGCACUUGAAGGGUCUGCACCGUGACAGAUCUCGGCAUGGGAAAACCUGGCACAGCCUGGCCCUGGACAUGGCCCACACGUCCCAGCUGAAGUUUCCCCAGGCCCUGAGCUUGGACGGGGAUGUCAUCUUCAGAUGGAGUCCCCAAGGAGCCUUUGCCUGCGGUGUGGACGCACGAGCUGCAGUCAACCACAACGUCACAUCCCAGGUCUUGGUCCAGCUGAAUGGGUCGGACUCCCACUUCGUGUUUUUCUUCCAGCUCAGACAUCCCCAUGAGCCAAUGUUUCCUCCAAACUUACAGGUGCAGGUGGCUGCCUGGCGCUCUAAAGAGCUUAGCCUCAACAGCUCCCUGUCCGUGCACAUAGCCGGCCGGAAGCUGCUGCUGCUGGAGGCCGUCACCAGCCUGGACAUGCAGAGAGGCAGGCUGGGCUGGGCUGGGAGCAUCCUCCUCCACCAGGCUAUCCUCCGGGCUCCCAGGGCUGUUGAGCUGCAGCUUUCGGGCCAGAUGGCCCCAACAAGGAUUUGGUUGUUUUCCAAGGCACUGCUGGAUCGGAACAAAGCACAGCUUCUCUUGAAGGUAGCUGAGGAGUGGAGGGGAGGCUGGGUCCUGACCCUGCAGAGCCAAGCCCAACACACAGUGGCUGACUGGGCAGCGGUGCCCCGCCUCCUGACCCUCGUGGGCAUGCUGAAGCAGAAGGAGAUGCUCAGAGAGGGCAGCAUCAAGGUCACUGCCGACUCAGCUGUGCUGGGCUUCCUGCUGCGGGACAAGCAUGAGAAGACAAGGAACAGCACCAGCGUGCGCAGCAUGACCUUCGUCCUCACCCAAAACAGUAGCCAGGCCUUGCCGGGGAAGCUCUGGCUGAGGGGCCAGCUGCAGGCCCAGCAGGGGAGUUUUCUGGGCCAGGCUGCCUUCCAUGCUGAUGCAGCCAGCCUGGCUCUGGGUGGGGCCUGCACCUGGGUCCCUGGGCAAGGCCACCUCACGGGUAGCCUGAAUCACAACAUCAGCACCUUGAGUGUUGCAGGUGUCCCUGAAGAGACAGAGCUGGUCUUGUUACUCAUGCGUGUGGCCUCCAACCACUCUGUGCACAGGGGGCUGUGGAGUGGCCGGCGUCAGCCAGACACCUCCCUGGGCCUGGCAGUCGCAUCCCCCGGCUCCACAGACAGCCUUAGCCACACCAUGCCAGGCCUGCAGCACCAGGGCAUCCGCUUCUCCAUGGAUGGCAGUGGAUACUUCCAGAGCACAGAACAAGGACUGGUGGCUGGGCUGACAAUGAGCUUGGAUGGGAAGCAGCUUCAAGUGGACCUGAAGCAGAGGAGAGAGGGUGGCCAUGAGGGGCUGGCCCUGGGGCUGCAGCACAGCUUCUCUACACUGCUGGGCGCCCUGCCCUCCCGGCUGCAGGUCAACUGCAGUGGAGAUGUCUCACCCACCCGGCUGUCCGGAGUCUGCCAGGGUGAUGUCACCAGGAGGCCUCUUGAGAGCCCAGCUGUGCUGUCCCUGAAUGGCUCCCUCCUGGCCCACAACUGCGAGGCCAGCCUGGUGGCACAAAUAUCCUCUGGGGACACCUUCACCAGGGCCCAUGUCCACACAGCCUGUGGCCGCCACACCCUCCUGGAAGCUGGCCUGCUGCACAUGUGGCCAUCGCUUCAGGCUCUGGGAGUCUCCCCUGACAGCCACAUCCGAGUAUCGGUAGAGCAAAGUGAAGCCUCCAGUGCUCAGCUUGAGGUGGCCCUGGGCCAGUGCACCCUGACUGCCUACAGAGAGGAGAGGGCCGAGGCCAAUGCCACUCACGUCAACUGGACCCUCUCACUAGUGAACCGCUGUCCCCUGCUGGAGGCAGCAGGUGUCCCUCGGGUCCUGUACUCCGAGGGCAGCCUGAGUCAUGGCCCUUGUGAGUUUGACCUGGCCGCAGGCCUCCACAGUGACAGCGGGGACGCCCACCUGCAGCUGGCCCGUACCUGCCAGCACCAGACUGCAGUUCUUGGACGCCUGACCCACUCUCUGCCCCUGCUGGGCCGCCUGGGCCUACCACCCAGCAACACCCUCAGCCUGACUGCCAGGCCUGGCUUUGCUGUACACAGCUCCCUGGCCCUCAAGGUGGGGCCGUGCGCCCUUCAGGGGACCCUGGAGCACCGUGCUGGGAACUGGAGUGAGUGGACGCUGGGCACCGAGCCAGGCUGCCCACUUCUGGAGCAGGGCCUGGGCCUCCCAGCAGGCACGAAGUUCAGUGGCUCACUGCAAGAAGCAGAAGCAUCGGGGGCACUUGCCACGGCUGGCCAGGCCGCUUCCCUGACCUUGGCUGGAGCCAUGCUCGCGUCCCAGGCCACAUUCCGUGCGAAGCUGAAGCACACACUAUCUGCACUUCAGACUGUACCCCCAGAGACCUCGUUGACCCUCUGGCUCAGACAGGAGGCUGGGUACCAGCUGGGCCUGGAGCUGCAGGCCCUGGGGUUCCCUGGGCGAGUCAACAGCUCCGGCUACAUCGUGGUGAACUCUGUGGUACUGGACACCCAGGCACUGGUCACCGUGGAUACCGUAACGCUGCGGACGUUGCUCAACCUCAAGACGAUGGAGGUCUCCGUGGAUGUUCACAAUGACGGCUCCAGCUUUGAGCAUUCUUCAUUUGUCUCGGUGGGACCCACAUCGCUCAACUACUCCGUGGGCUGUGGUUACCAUGAUGGGCGCCUGGAGCUCUCUGGCUGGAGUGAACACAACAGUGAGGUCCUAUUGAGGGCCGGGGUCCCAAACAAAGCCCAACUCCACACCAAGCUGCAGGUGCACGAGACCCAGACCUGGGCCAGUGUGGCCCUCCAUGGUGGGGACAACAGGGUCAGUGUGGACAUGGCAGCCCUGGUGGACAGGCCGCUCAACGGCACACUGGAGCUGGUGGUGAACGCCAGCCAUACAGUGUCUGCCCUCAGGACGCUGGGCCUGCCUUUGGCCAGCCAGCUCGUGCUCCGGAAACUCUGGGCAGCGGAAGAGAUGGGCUCCUCCCUGCAACUGACGUGUGAUUCUCAAGCCUGCCUGGUCCUCGAUGUUCAUGGCCGGAACCGGGCACGCAGCAAAGAGCUGCAUCUCUCAGCCCGGCAUCACCUGCCAUGGCUUCUGGGCCGUGUCCCUGGCAGAGCCUCAGCUUCAGCAAAGCUAUGGUACUCCAAAGGUGAAGCUGAGAGCACAUUUGUCUUGGGGAUGGAGGAGUAUCGUUUCCACAUCAGUGCCCGGCUGGUGGCUGCUAAGGCUGGUCUCACCAACACCAUCAAGCUGGAACAAACCUUUCUCCAGCUCAGUGCCCUGCCCAGGGAGCUGGUCCUGCAGACAGUAUACGAGCGAGCCCGUGGGACCUUUGUCCUGCGCCAGAUGCUGCUGUGGGAUGGCCAGGAAGUGGCCCUUAAUGGGAGCCUCACCGGAUUCUUCCUCAGGCCCACUGGGGACUUCAGCCUGCAGGUGGAGCUCACCCACCCGCUGCCACACACCCUACCAAGGCACUGCAGCCUCCGCCUCUCCUCGGAGCAUUCAGGGCACAGCCACAGGGACAACCUGGUCAUCGGCUGGGAAGGCAAGGGCCAGGUGCUGCUCUCCUCCUUGCUGCAGCUGAGGCAGGGCAAACUGGCUGCCCACCUGGCCCUGGCUCACCCCUUCCACCUCUCCUGGCGGCACGCUGAGGCCAGGGGCCUUGCUGAGAGUACGGGCAGCAGGCAGAGAUGGCAGGUGCAGCUUGCCUGGAACCAAGGGCAGGCCGUGACCUUGGCACUCACCUGGGCCAACAGGUCCUCUGCGCACAGUACCACCUGGGACAGCUGCCUGGAUGCCUCCAUGGGGCAGCUCCAGGAAACCCUGGGCCUAGGUGCCCUCAAGGCCUGUGGGGCCUUAAUGCAGACUCCAACCAUGUUCAGCGAGCAACUUGACCUGUCCUGGGACCGACACCGGGUGCAACAGAACCUGACAUAUGAGAGGCAUCAGGGGCCCCAACUAGACAAAAUCCAUGCAGAGGUCAUGCUGGAGCACAUCUUCCUGGCCACCUGUGCCCAGCAGAGCUUCUGGGGAGAGGUGGAGACUGACUACACCCACUGGCUGCACCAUAUCUUCUCUGUGGGGCUCUGCGGCCUGCCCAGGGCCCUCUUGGUCUCUGGGGAGCACACCCUGGGCCGUGGUGGGCUUCUGCUGCGCUCCCAUUGCCUGCUGGGCCUUGCCCCUGACCCGGACCACGGCCUGCACCUGAGUCUGACCCUCCGCAGUCCCAGCAAUCCCCAGGCACCGGACUUCUCUGGCAAGCUGGAGCUCCGAUGCCCCAGGGUGCCGAAGCUCAGCCUACAGGGGGGUGUCUCCGCCUCGGACGCCCAGAGUCUGCUCUGGCUGGAAGGCAGCGUGGACAGCGGGCGUGAGAAGGUGGGGCUGUCAGUGUUACGGGCCCUGAGCUGCCUGCAGGCCUCUGUGGGUCACGAGGAAGGGAGCCGAGAGGAGAGUAUGGUGCUGCGGGCCUGUGCCCAGGGGCGAGCAGUGGAGGUGGAGGCCCUGCUCCAGGAUGGUGGGCAGCCCAGCCAGCCCCUGGGACGCCUGGCCCUGCUGGCUGCCAACCAGAGCCUCUGCUUGGUUGCACAUGGCUGCCGGGUGGCCCUGCUGAGCCACGUGAAGUCCAGGAUCGCAGCCAUUGGGUCCAGGAUACAAGUUCAGCUGGAGGAAAAGAUCCGAAGCCUGGACGCCUAUGUGAGGAGGUCCCAGCGCCUGGUGCGGCUGAUGGGCCCCCUGGACAGUGUGGCAGGCCCCCUCCUACAGCUGUCCCAGGCAGGGCUAGAGGCCAUACAGGCAGGUGGCCAGACGGUGGCCUCACUGUGGAGCCAGAGCCAGGCUGGGCGGAUGCUGACCCACCACCUGCCGCUGUCCCUAGAGUGGCUGCAGGCGGGGCUGGAGCAGCUGCGGAGCGAGCUGGACCGGCCCCUGGCCACGCUGAAGGACGCCUACUUGGAGGUAACACUGCGGCCCCUGGAUGAGGUGUGGAGGGAGCGGGCUGAGACAGCUGUGCGGUGGCUGCAGGCCUGGGUGCCCGGGAUGCUCAGCAACGGGGAGCCAAGGCCCAUUGGGCCGGUCCUAGGAGCUAUGAGGGACACCCUGGAGCUGGCCGCCCACCUGACACUCUCUUGGGCCGAAGCCAGGUUGUCCCAGGUACUGCGGAGGCUCUGCAGACCCUUGUUGGACAUGUACAGCUUCUCAGCCAGGAACCGACUUGUGGUGGUGACGCUGCCGCUGCUGCCGGCAGGGGACGAGCCCCUGGACCUGGCCCAGGUGGCCAGCUACCUGGUUGAGGAGAAGCUGCUGCAGCCACUCCAGGACCUGUAUAGGGCCAACAUGCUGGCUGAGUACUACCGACUCAAGAGCCGCCUGCUAGAGAGCCCCUUGGAAUACCACGCCGUGGUGGCUGGGACCAGGUAUGUGGUGACCUUUGAUGGCCAGGUGUGGGGCCUCGGUGCCCGAUGCGGCAGGCUGCUGCUGGCCAAGGACUUCACUCACAAUGCCUUCUCCCUGAUGCUGAGCCGGGCAAGCUCAGGGCUCACGUCCCUGUCUGUGGAGCUGAACCACACAGCCCUCAUCUUCUAUCCUGACCUGAAGACGUACCAGCUGUACAACCCCUCCCCACCUGGGGAGCACUGUCUGGACCCCGAUUUGCCUCCUGCCACAACGAGGAGGGAUGCCCCUAGGAUCGAGCUGGCUGGUGAGAACGGUGUCUCUGUCUCCUGUGACACCCAAGCCAGCCUCUGCAGCCUGACACUGGACCUCUGGCGCCACGGUGUCUCUGCCGGCUUACUGGGCACCAACAACAAUGAGGCAGAUGAUGAGCUGAUGCUGCCGGAUGGCACAAGGGCCAGUGGCCUGGAGGAGCUCACCCAAGCCUGGCAGGUGGGUGGUGACUGCAAGAGCCCCGAGAAGCCUCUGCAGGUGUGCCUAGGGCCAAGCCCCAUCUGCCGGGCCCUCUUCCAGGAUCCCCACUCCAGCCUGGGGAGCUGCUUCAGUGUGGUGGACCCCACCCCAUUCCUCAGCCUGUGCCUCCAGGACACCUGCGGCCCCCAGGAACUCCAGCCUGCCUGCAGCCUCGCGGCUGCCUAUGUCCACCUGUGUGCCCGGGGCUUUGUGCCCCUGGACACUCCUCCAUACUGCGGUUGAGCUUUUGCCUAAGCCAGCUCCAGGCUGCCAAAGACAUCAAAAUCAUUCACCUUCUACCACAAUCCCAGCUGCAAUAUCUGACUCUCAGCAAGGUCAAGAUUCUUGGCCGGGGCAGAACCACCCUCACGAAAUGCCAGGAAGCUCUGAGAAAACCGAACCUGCUCCAGUCCAAGGAAAAAAAGAGCUGCUGUCAUUGCUUUCAGAAUGCUUCCGGUGACAGGGACUCGCCACCUGGUCUGGGUAACUCUGCAUCCUUAGUACCUACACUGGAAACUAGGGGACAGCCUGGCCACCUGCCCUCACCCCCGGAAGGGAGUUUGCCUCCAGCACUUGCUAAGAUAUUUACUUCUCAUCUGUAAUUUCUGAUGCCUCCACACAUGCCCUGGGCUGGGCCUGUAAAGGGUGACACACAGCAGGGCUCUUCCUGGCUGUGUCCCCUUCUGUCCAACAGCCACCUGGGGGUUGGCUUCCUCUACCUGCUGUAGGGGUCUCCCCUGAGGCACGAGGGUCCUUUAGGGGAACUAAUGGUCCCAAGUCCCUUCAUCAGGAACCAGGUUGAGUAACCUCCCUAUUUGGGGUGCAUACACUGGAAUUGAACAUUUCGGGAGCUCUUGAAGGGUAGGUUUCCAUAGACAUGUGGUAAGUGCACCCCAGAACUCAAGCCCUGAGGAUACAGUGUUCAAAAUUUUUUACUUUGUAAUUGCGUGUGGGGGAGGAGGUGGACGUGCUCUUCCUGUGUUUUUGACUGGAAAAUAAAGCUGGCUGAACCCCAGAACAUGUGAUCUGAUGCUGGGCCUACCCCACCCCUAGAGAGAUGGAGGAGGUGGGGGUUCUGUGACAUCUGCCCGCCAGCAGGGGCCUGGCGCCAGCCCCCUCCAUCCCAAGGCUUUGCCCCAAGCUCAGAGGGUCCAGAUUCCAGAGCAAAGGGAACCAAGUGUGAGCCAAGAGGAGGGGGGGUGACUGGAAGGCCAGAUGCCAGACUCCUGGCCUCCCCACAGCAGGGGCUCAAGAGAGUUUAGAAGAGACUCCAGGGUGAGUGGGGCUGGGGAAGCCAGUCAUGUACAUUCCCACACUCCUGUGGGGAGGAAGAGGGUGAUCUGACUUACCGAGUACCUGCCCUGUUGUUACCUAUUACAGUAAAGGGACCCUGAGCCCAGGCACUGCUGAGUGCCUUUCUUAGACAUUCCAAUAGCCCAUUUAAUAGAAGAAGAAACUGAGGCUCAAGGGACUUGCCCAAGGUCUUACAACUAGCAAAACGGCCAGACUGGGACUGAUCUGAGCUUCUACACAGGCCACGAACUUCUGCUUUUGCAAUAGCAUCGUGCCAUAGAUUCCACCAUUUAAGAAAGAGAGUCAAGUGAACACUAGCCAUGUCCCCAGCCGUAGCAGGUGCUGGUGGUGUUGGGUGCCAUCCAGUCGAAUCCAGCUCAUAGCAACCCUACAGGACAGAGAAGAACUGCCCCAUAGGGUUUCCUAGGCUGUAAUCUUUACCGGGAGAAGAUCACCAGGUCUUUUCUCCCAUGGAGCCACUGGUGGGUUCUAACCAUUGAUCUUCGGUUAGUAGCUGAGCACUUAACCAUUGUGCCACCAGGGCUCUUUCCAUAGCAGGUAGUGCUUGUUAGUUUUUUUCCCUGAUACACGUUAAAAUGCCCAUUGAGCCAUCUCAUGCAUCACCAGAAAUGUGUCUACUCAGCCCAGGAUAUUAGAGGGGAGAUGGUUCACAAUGGAGAGCAAAUGAGCUGGAAGGCACAGGGCAGGGGCUGAGGCAGUUCAGAGUCUGAUGCACCCGAAGUCUGCAACCACCUAACUUAUUAGUUUCUAUCUGCUUAAUGGCAGGAAACUGCAGAAACCUCUCCAACCUGCCUCCCAAACUCAUCAGUCAGUGUCUACCUGGAACACAGCAGUGGGCUGGGCACUGUCAGGGACACAAAGAUGGACAGAUAGUUCUCCCUUCUCAAGGUGGAGCUGCCAACAUCAACGCUUCACAGUUGCGUGUGUGUGCGUGCACACACAGAAUCUAAUAAAAAACAGGAAGGGGAAUAAUUCAAUCGAAAGACCCAUAAAUAUUCAUGUCUACAGUAUAUAAAGAGCAAGUACAAAUGAAUAAGAAAACUGGAGUCUCCAUGAGAUAAUUUGGUUAAAGGAUACAAGCAGGCAAUUCAAAAGAGAAAAAAUACAAUUGAGGAAUAAACAUUGGGGGGAGGGGAAACAGACAGCAUUAUUGGUAAUCAAAUGUGAAUUGAAAUAACCAUGUAUAAUUUUAUCUAUUACUUUGCAAAAUAAAUAUGUAAAUAAUAAUACCCAGAGUUGGUAAGGCUGUUGGCAAAACCCAUACCAUACCCUCACAUUCUGUAGCUAGCACUUUCAGUCAGUAUAACAUCAGUAGUGUGUUUCAAGAGCCUUAAAACGAUUCAUUCCUUUAACCUAAUAAUCCCACUCCUAAGACAUCAUCCAAAAAGGGAGGGAAUAGAAAUAUAAAAGAUUCCAAAAAAAUUUCAAAAUAAUCUCAUUAUUCAAAUGAUGAAAAGUCAUAAGCAUCCAACAGGGAAAUGGUGUUUCUAAGUUUUGGUACACCAAUUUGAUGCAUUAUUUUGAAAUCAUCUGUUAAAAAGUCCAACAUAUACCAAUGUAGUAACAUGACAAAAAGAUUAAUCUCCAGGUAAAGCAGGAAACAAAGAUGUCACUUUGAUGAUUAAGGUGCGCCUGACCCAAAUCACCUUACAUGUGUGCGAAAGCUGGACAAUGAAAAGGGAAGACGGAAGAAGAAUUGAUGCGUUCAAAUUGCGGUGUUGGUAAAGAAUACUGAAUAUACUGUGGACUGUCAGAAGAAUGGACAAAUCAGUCUUAGAAGAAAUACACCCAGAAUGCUCCUUAGAAAUGAGGAUGUUGAGACUUCGUCUCACUUACUUUGGACAGGUCAUGGGAAAAGACCAGUUGCUAGAAAAGGACAUCCUGUUUGGUAAAACGAAGGGUCAGUGAUAAACAGGGAAACUCUCAAUGAGAUGGAGUGACACAAUAGUCAUAAUAAUGGACUCAAAUAUACCAACAAUCAUGAAAAUGGCACAGGACCAGGCGACGUUUUGUUCUGUUGUAUGUAAGGUCUCCGUGAGUCGGAGCUGACUCGAUUGCAACUAACAACAACAAAAUCAGGAAACAAGAUUGCAUAAGAUCUGCACUAACGAUGACAGCAGAUGUGAAAUCCAGACUUUCUGGGACCAUGGAGGCUAGAUGAAUCCCUGAAACUAUUGCCCUGAGAUAAUCUUUAAACCUGAAACCAAAAAUAUCCCCUGAAGUCUUCUUAAAACCAAACAGUAGCUUAGCUUAACUAGCAAAGAAUGUCUGCCUUGAGUAUUGUGUUUUUAAAAAUCUGUCUAAACCAAUAAACCAAACUUGUUGCUGUCGACUCAAUUCUGACUCAUAGCGACCCUAGGGGACAGCGUAGAACUGCCUCCCAGGGCUUCCAAGAAAUGCCCAGUGGAUUUGAAGGGCCAACCUUUUGGUUAGCAGCCGAGCUUUUAUAUAUGGGAUCAAACUGACAACAGGAACUCGAAAGGUUAGAUAGGAAGCUUAGGGGCAGUGAGUUGAUGUUAACGGGGGAGGCACAACUCGGAAAAGGAGGUGAGCAUGGUUGAACAACUUGAAGAAUGUUAUCAAUGUCACUGAAUUGUACAUGUAGAAAUUAUUGGUGUAUGUUCUGCUGUGUAUAUUCUCAAAAACAACAAAAAUAAAUUAUAUAUACAUAUAAAAAGAACAACUGCAGACGGACAGUAACUAGAAGGGAACCUAGAAAAAUGGAAAUCUUUCAGCUAUGAAGGCUGGUGUAAUUGCAGAUGGCCAUUUCUCCUUUAAAGUUUCCUUUGUAAGUAUUACAAUACGGGUUGUAUAAUAAUUACAAAUUUUAAAAAUUAAAAGGAAGGAAGGCAAUAUGAUGGUCAAAUGAAGUUUUUGUUCCCCCCAAAAUUGGGGCAGGGGGACUGCUGGAGCUUGUUUAUAUGGCAGAAGUGUCAAGAGUGAGCGAGAAGGUGGAGACAAAAGGUAAGUAAGUGAGGAAGAUGAGGGAGACUAAGGAGGCAGGUACCACUUCCUCCUUGACACUGAGGUCUAACCCCAAGGAGAAAAACAUGUGAGUCAUUUCUUGGAAGAAACCUCCAUCAGUCCCAUUCUUGCCAUGUGUUGGGGCUAUAAUCAAAUUAAAGUGUGGCCAUUGAGUGAAGGCCUGAGUUUUGCAGCAGACAUGGGAAAGGAAAAAAGUGCCUCAGGCCAUUUUCACUUUCGACCAUUGUCUAAGCCAGGGAGGAUGCUGACCAGGUCAGCAUACAUCUUAGGAAAAUCAGAGUCAGCUUUUAUUAUCCCAUCUUGCAUCUCAAUUAUUCCUUUAAAACAGAGUGGGUGGAAAUGAGGUCACCUGAAGUCUUCUGGCCAGUGAAUUUGGGAUUCUGGAGAGGGCUGUACAAGCACCCUAGACCGCUGGCUGCAGAGGGUGCUUCCAGCAACUUCCCUUUGCCUCAGUGGCUUUGUGGGGAGAUAUAUGUCUUAGACAAUUUGUUUCUCUUGGAUCAGCUUGGAAGCAUGUAAAAGGCUUAAUAAAUACAUUAACCAUAAGAUGGUGGCCUUAUGUUAACUGAAAAGUUUUACUGGGGAGAGGGGGAAGGUGUUAAACUAAUCAGGGCAAAUAGGGAAACUCUAAAGACUGUCUAUGCAAGCAAGUUUGAAAACCUGGUGGAAACGGAUAUUUUCUAGGGAAAUGAAGUACCAAAAAGUAUUAAAAAGAGAAAAUAUGUAACUAUACUAGAAGAAACUGGAAAAAUUGUAAGAAAGAUACUGCCUCCCCCAAACCACAUGGGGGUGGGGGCCACCUCAGGCAUGGGUGAAGUCUAUCAAGCCUUUAGGAAGGCUAAGGAAGCCUGUAGAACAUUUAUUAUUAAAGCCAGAAAUUAUAGCACAAAGAAGGAAAACCACAGAUCAACUUCAUUUACAAUAAAUGCAAAAAACCAAAAUAAAAUAUUAGCAAAUAAAAUCCAAACCCCAAAAAACCCACUGCUGUCAAGUCAAUUCUGAGUCAUAACAACCGUAUAGGACAGAGUAGAACUCUGCUCCCCUAGGGCUUCCAAGGCUGUGAAUCUUUACAGAAGCAAACUGCCACAUCAUUCUGAGGAACAGCUGGCGGGUUCAAACCACUGACCUUCUGGCUAGCAGCCAAGCGCUUAACCACUGUGCCACCAGGGCUCCAAGUAAAAAUUCAACCAGGACAUUAAAAGAAGAAAUCACCAAAACCAA